GAUCUGAAUCCGAAUCUGAUAAAUGGGUUCUGAAAUGAUUUUCAAAAACUUGCCCAAUCCUUUUCACCCAGAACCCGAAUCUCCAUGCCCGGCCCAAACCCAGAUUUACCACCUUGCCCCUCUAAGCACCGCCGCCGCCGCCGCCGGGAGGACUGGCUUAGUAAAGGACCGACACACCAAAGUGAACGGCCGCGGACGGCGAGUGAGGAUGCCGGCGCUCUGCGCCGCCCGCAUCUUCCAGCUUACGCGGGAGCUCGGCCACCGCACGGAGGGGGAGACCAUCCAGUGGCUCCUCCGCCAGGCCGAGCCGGCAAUCAUCUCGGCCACCGGAACCGGAUCUACCCCUGCUUCGGCCGUCACCACCUCUCCGUCCGGGGUAAUCGCCGCUUACCGCCCUCUGCAGGCCGGUAUGGCAGGGUUGGGCGGACCCCGGCCAUCGAACAACACCGCCGGCAGUUUUAUGCAGUUGCCGUCGGCGAACCCUGUUCCGCCUUUCGCGAACGAUCCCCUAGCCAGCGGCGGAGGCAGGUAUGUCCAGCCGGCUAGGACGGAGGCCGGGCUGUUCUCGAUUACUCCGCCCUGUUGCCGAUUUGAGUUGAGGCAGCAGCCAAUUCCAACGCAUGAUUACUCUGGCCGGGAAAUGACGUUCACGUCGAUGCUGAUGAUGCAGCCGUCGCCGGUGAAUGUGGCGGUGGAGGAACAGGAACCCCUCCUUGAAGAUAUCGCCAAAAAUUAGUAGAUGAGUUGUUGAAAUUUCAAAUUCAGUGUAAAUUAGGGUUUGGGAGGCCAAAAACGUGACUGGCUUUGUACUUUUGUUAAAUCCUGAAGAAACCAAACAUUUGGUGUUUUUUUGAGUUUUGAAAAUGUUCAAAUUACCACCUUUUUUUCCUUAGAUUACCCAACCUUUUCAUUUACGGUAAAAACCGCAACAAUUUUUUUUUUUGAAAACACCUCAAUAAAUUUAUAACAUCGAA